GUUCAGGAAGCUCCACUUUCCACGCUGGUGUUCACGCAAGACAAAUACUGGGCCAACGUUUUCGAGAACUCCACGAAGGAGAUGAACGUGGUGUCAUUGGGAGUAAAGGGGCCUCCCGCUCAACCACCACGUCCACUACUCCAUCCUCAACCCCAUGGAGAGCUUCGAGAUCCGCCCCACAGCAGGAGUGAUCAAAACUACCGGGAAACCUUUCGACCGGGAAGCUAUGGACCACUACACGCUGGUCGUCCAGGCGAGGGAUGAGGAAGUGCCAGGGAAACUCGCCUUGGUCUUGGUACACGUGGCAGUGAUGGACGUGAAUGACAACGAACCCGUGUUCCUCAACCAGCCUUACUACGCCCUUGUCUCCACCAGUGCUCCCAGAGGACACGUGGUCACUAAGGUGAGGGCAGUAGAUGCGGACGCUGGUGAGUUUGGUAGCGUGAGAUACGAACUAGUGCGCGGCAGCGGCGAGCUCUUCUCAGUGAACAAGAAGACGGGAGAGAUCUCCUUGAAGCAGUCACUCAUGGUGCCCGAGAAGACUUACAGCCUCACUGUGGCAGCCUACGAUGGAGGCAAGCAGCCGCUCAGCUCCCAGGCUCAUGUAGUGAUACGAGUGGUCUCGGCUGAGGGGCCCAUGUUUACCUCUGCUGGCUACGUGGGCGUAGUUGCCGAGGACGCGGCAGAAGGCACACCCGUCGUCAGAGUGGAGGCUGCUAGUCCUUCAGGAGAGCCCAUCAUGUACACCAUCGUCGCUGGUAACAUUAACGAGCACUUUGCUCUCGACUACUCCACAGGUGGCAAUGCAGUGGAAGCUCAGUGUGUGAUCCAGACCACAGGCUCGCUAGACUACGAGGCCGCCCACGCCCACAACGUGACGGUACGAGCGAGAGAUCCCGUCACGGGCGGGUACACAGACGCCCACGCCACCAUCACCGUCACAGAUGUCAACGACAACCCCCCGGUGUUUAGCAGUCACCUGUACAAGGGCAGCGUGUCUGAGGCUGCUUCACCUGGCCACGUGAUUGUCCAGGUGUCAGCUAGUGACGAGGACACGGGAGCUGGUGGGGAGGUGCGUUACUCCUGCGGUAAUGGCUGCGACCUUUUUGAAGUCCGCGCUGAAGAUGGUGUGGUGCUGCUGAACGGUCACCUGGAUGCAGAAACAGAGUCUCAACACCUCCUUACUGUCGUAGCCACGGAUGCUGGCCUCCCGCAGCACUCCUCCACUGCCUCAGUCAUUGUCGAAGUGUUGGACUUCAAUGAUAACCCUCCGGCCUGGCGUCAGGAUAGUUACUCGUGCAGAGUGUCGGCCGAGGCCCAGCCUGGUCAUGUUGUGUCUGCCAUGUCUGCUCAUGACCCCGACGCUGGCCAUCUCACACCCCUUCACUACGCUAUUCACUCAGGAGACAGAGACACGAUCUUCAAGAUGGAUGCUAUCACAGGGCUGCUGACAGUGACCGCACCACACAAGCUGGAGAACAUCACGUCUCUCAACCUGAACAUGUCCGUGAGUGAUGGUGUACAUGUGGCUUUCACUGGUCUCCACGUCGCCGUUGUCCCGUCCAACCACCACGCCCCCAGGUUCCAGCGUGUGGUGUAUGAGGGCGAGAUAGAGGAGAACUCUGCUCCAGACCAGCUGGUGUUGUCACUGAACGCUCACGACCCUGACGCUGGGGGCUUCGGUGCUCUCCACUACCACAUCCUACACCAGACAGCAGAAGGCGCCUUUAAGAUUGACAGAGACGGCAACAUAUACUCAGAGAGCCAACUGGACCGCGAGGUCACCAGCGUGCACAACUUGCGAGUGUCUGUAACAGAUGAGGGUGGCCGUGCAAACUUCGCGGUGGUGCGCAUCGCCGUUCGCGACAAGAACGACAAUGCACCUCAGUUCACGUUGCCAGAGUACCAAGCCAACAUCAACACUGACGUGGCUCCAGGCACCAGCAUACUUAAGGUAGAGGCCACUGACGCAGACGAGGGUGUCAACAGCCAGGUGCAGUACCACAUGUACGAGGCCAACAGCUCCGAGGCGCUCACAUUGUUCAAGGUGGACCCUACUUCUGGUCAGGUCGCCCUCGCUGUUAGUGUCCAAGGACGAGAGAACGAGGUGUACCAGUUCUUCAUCCGUGGAGAGGACGGUGGUUCUCCUCGUCACCACAGUGACGUCCCCGUCACAAUCUUCCUCCUGGGGAGGGAGGACAGGCCCCCCCAGUGCGCCAGACAGUACGCUCAAUUCUUCCUCAGAGAGGACGCCCCGCUUGGCACUGUGAUAACGUCACUGUGGGUGGAAGGCCCGCAGAAGGUGCAGUAUUCCAUCCUGGCAGACGAGGCCGCCGAGAGAUGGGUCGAGGACGCUGCCAGCUCCCGAGAAAGCUCGGGGCCCUUUGCCCUGACGCCUUCAGGACUGGUGAUCGUUAGACGCAGUCUUGACCACGAGAGACGUCGAACUCACCGCGUCACUCUCACUAACCAGACGCUGGCCACACCCCCAGCACUAGACUACAUGACUAUCUCUGUCGUGGUGAUGGACGUAAACGACUGUCGCCCAGAUUUUGCGGCUGGUCGAGGCAGUGGGUUUUUGGGGGAACGUGAGGUGGAGCUGUUGUAA